AUGCUUAUCUUCUUCUUCUGAUUCCUAUCCACUUCCCGGUAACGUUACAGUUCCUUUUGCCUACCUUCCUACAAUCCAAACGAUGUCGUUAAUGGCAUCAAUCCUCCGUCGAAGGCCCGCCGUGCUCCUCCAAGUAAGGCUACUCUCUUCUUCUACUACUCACUUGGAAACGACGUCGUCGCAGCAACAACGCAUUGAGAAAAUACUAGUGGCGAACAGAGGGGAGAUAGCAUGCAGGAUCAUGAGGACGGCCAAGCGGCUAGGGAUUCGAACUGUCGCGGUUUACAGCGACGCGGAUAGAGACUCUCUACAUGUGAAAUCGGCCGACGAGGCGGUUCAUAUAGGACCGCCUCCCGCUCGGCUCAGUUACUUGAACGGCUCUUCUAUUGUUGAGGCCGCGAUUCGCGCCGGGGCACAGGCUGUUCAUCCUGGUUAUGGUUUCUUAUCGGAGAGCUCUGAGUUUGCUCAACUUGUUGAAGAUAAGGGACUGAUAUUUAUUGGUCCUCCAGCGUCUGCAAUCAGAGACAUGGGUGACAAAAGUGCGUCAAAGAGAAUAAUGGGUGCGGCAGGGGUGCCAUUGGUGCCGGGAUAUCAUGGAAGCGAGCAAGAUAUUGAGCUUAUGAGGUUAGAGGCAGAUAAAAUUGGAUAUCCUAUCCUAAUAAAGCCAACCCAUGGAGGUGGAGGAAAGGGUAUGAGAAUUGUACAAAGUCCAAAUGAUUUUGUUGACUCCUUUCUUGGAGCACAACGCGAAGCUGCUGCGUCCUUCGGUGUAAACACUAUUUUGUUGGAGAAAUACAUUACACAACCAAGACACAUAGAAGUUCAGAUAUUUGGUGACAAAUUUGGCAAUGUACUGCAUUUAUAUGAGAGAGAUUGCAGCGUGCAGAGGAGACACCAGAAGAUAAUUGAAGAAGCUCCAGCGCCUUGUGUUACUAAUGAAUUCCGCUCACAGUUGGGUCAGGCUGCCGUAUCUGCUGCCAAGGCAGUUGGGUAUCACAGUGCUGGCACUGUGGAAUUUAUAGUUGAUACUGCAACAGGUUGCUUUUACUUCAUGGAGAUGAACACUCGAUUACAGGUUGAGCACCCUGUUACGGAGAUGAUUGUUGGUCAAGAUCUUGUGGAGUGGCAAAUUCGUGUUGCAAAUGGGGAGCUGCUUCCUUUAAGUCAGGUUCAGGUGCCCAUAUCAGGUCACGCUUUUGAGGCCAGAAUCUAUGCUGAAAAUGUUCCCAAAGGAUUUCUUCCUGCAACUGGACUUCUUCGUCAUUAUCAUCCUGUACCACCUUCUUCAACAGUUCGGGUUGAGACUGGAGUUGAACAAGGAGAUGUUGUCAGCAUGCAUUAUGAUCCCAUGAUUGCAAAGCUUGUAGUAUGGGGAGAAAACCGUGCUGCAGCACUAGUCAAAUUGAAGGAUUGCUUGUCAAAGUUUCAGGUUGCAGGGGUGCCAACUAAUAUCAAUUUCCUACAAAAACUUGCUAACAAUAAGGCAUUUGAAGAGGGCAAUGUAGAAACGCAUUUUAUUGAGCACCAUAAAGAUGACCUAUUUGUUGAUCCUAAGAACAAAGUAAUUUAUGAGGAAGCAUAUAGUGCUGCUAGGUUCGGAGCAAAGCUGGUAGCUGCGUGCCUCUGCAAUAAGGAGCAUUCUGCUUUGAAAGAAAGUCAUUCUGGGGAUCCUAGCUUUCUUCCCAUAUGGUAUACUCAUUCUCCGUUCAGAGUCAAUCAUUAUGCUCAGAGUACCAUGGAACUUGAGUGGGAAAAUGAAUAUGAUAGCAGUAGUUCAAAGAAUUUAAUGCUUUCUGUCACUUAUCAUCCAGAUGGGAACUAUUUUAUUCAGAUUGGAGAAAACAGUGACCAUGCUUUGGCAGUCAAAGCAAAAAAUGUGGGCAACAAUAAUUUUAGAGUUGAGGCUGAUGGAGUAACCAUGGAUGUUAAUUUAGCUGUUUAUACCAAGGAUCAGAUCAAACACAUACAUAUAUGGCAUGGACCGCACCACCAUCAUUUCAGACAGAAACUAGGUCUUGAGUUGUCCAAUGAAGAUGAAACACAGCAUAAGACGAAUUUUGAGACCACAAGCCACCCUCCUGGGACUGUAGUGGCACCCAUGGCUGGUUUAGUUGUCAAGGUUCUAGUAGAGGAUAGAGCCAAGGUGGAAGUUGGACAACCUGUAUUAGUCCUAGAAGCCAUGAAGAUGGAGCAUGUGGUAAAGGCAGCAUCUGCCGGCUUUGUUGAAGGGCUUAAAGUCGGUGCUGGUAAGCAAGUUUCAGACGGCAGUGUUCUCUUCAGAGUCAAGGCCCAGGAAUGAGUGGAAGAAUCCAUCUUUGAGUUUGAUUUUCAUGAUGAUAUCAUGUCAAAUCGAACCCUGUCUGCAGUUAAGAGAAGCUAAGUCUCUUUUUAUGCUAAUGGCCAGGGAAAAUAAAUCAUUGUAUCUGUGACUCCUUACAGUUAUAAACAUUAGGGAGAAAAAAACAGAGAAAGAGAAUGGUGGGGAACAUCCCAUAUCCGGAGUUGUAUACAUGCAGAAAUCUCUUGCAAGAUGUGAACAACAUUUGAUCUGGAAAAUAAUUUCAUAUUUGCAGAUUUUAUCUCUGCAAUUUGGCA